GGCUUAGAAAGAUCUUUAAAAUGAAGGAGUAAAGACUUAUGUAGCCAGGUAUGAAAUACAAAAGCUUUGGUAACAUAGUGGAUUCAUGCCCAAGGUCUAGGACAGAAAGAGACAACGCAGCCAGCAAGCUAAAUUGUGGGGUCGAUAAAUAUGGGCGAAAUUUAUAUACCUGUGUUCCUACUGCGGAUCUCACGGCCGUUGUUGAAUAUUGCUUUAAAAGUACCGCGGGAUUAUAUGAAAAAGGUACAUGCUUAAUACUGGUUGGAGAUGGUGACUUAGAUGAUAUUAGCUGUACUCAUUUCAAGGAGGGAUGUCCAAAGGUUCCUUUCAGAAUUACUGAUUUAUAUCAAUACCCCGCGUGCCAUAAUAUUAAUGCAAAGGACAGGUGCUUCUAUGCAGACCCAAUUUGCCCUGAUAAAUCAUUUAUUCAAAAAUCAAACGAAAAUAUGAUGUCGUUCAAACAUCAGUCACUGAUUGUUCCAAGCUUCACCAUGGGAUUAGUGUCCCUCGUUUUAGUUACGGUCUUAAUCUUCUUUGCGGUGAUUUACUUCGUCAAAAAAAUGAAAAAAGGAAGAUAUUCUGCCCCCAAUUCAGAAAGGAUUGAAGCUUUACUAUCCUAUGAUAGUACUGGGAGAUUGCCUGAUCAAAAUCAUCAGUUAUAUGUACUGAUGCUAAAUUGUACUGAAACAAUGAGGAAUUUCUUCGACAUUUGUAUUCCACCACAAAGACUUGCAGAAGUCGUUAUAAGCAGCAGGCAGGCAAUGAAGUAUUCACUAAGUGAAGAUCUGAGGAAAAAAAUUUAUGCUUAUCAAGAUUCUUCGGAACCCUUACAAAUUUCAUCCAAAGAUCUUAACAUUUCAGCCAUGUACAUAUUACUGCGCAAUUCCCCUUCUGUCCAACCACCUAGUAAUGGUUGGGGGAGAAUUCCAGAGGAGAACCAAAUAACGGAGGGUGAUGACCUUGAAAGAAUUCGCCAAAUCAGGAAUAUUCUUGCCCAUACAAAAUAUGAUUUGGAUUACGAGAGAUGCAAAAAGAUUUCGUCCGAUCUUACAAAGGUCAUCAGGAGACUGCAGGAAGGAAUAUUGCGGAGACGAAAUCAAUUAUAACCAAGAUCAUUUUUUUUAAAUCUAUUCUUUAUUGUCAUUGAGUUGUACAACUCGUAAUGAUCUACAAAACUAUUACACAAUAUGUACGUUAACUAGAAAUAUAUUCAUAGGACAUGAAUGCCCCGCCGAGGAUAUAUUAAUAAUGCAGCUAGAAAAUUUGUAUUAGUGUAUGAAAUUUGAUCAGAAUAUCCUGAAAAGUGAUGCAUUUGAAUUGCUUACAUCAGUAUGUAUCAGCAUAUGAAGUUUGACACUAUAUUCAUUAAAGUGAGGUUAAGGUCAAAGAAAAUACCAAGCUCAGAAACUGCUUAUGCAGUUAAAAAGUUCUCCUCAGUAUGUAUCAGCAAAUGAAGUUAAAAAAAUAAUAAUUUUCUUUUUUUUAUAAAAGUGACUUAAAAACAAUUCGAUAAAAAAAGAGGUCAAGGUCAAAUAAAAGGUCAAGGUCAAAAUGUUGAUGCAGUUGCAUAUAUAUCUCAUCAAUAUGUAUCAACAUAUGAAGUUUGAUAAAAAUAUCAAGAAUUAUUAAUUAAAAGUGACUAAAACACAAUUUGAUAGAAGUGGGGUCAAGGUAAAAUAAAACGUCAAGGUCAAAAAUGUUGAUGCAGUUGAAUUACUUACAUCAGCUAUGUAGUUUGACACUGAUUUAGGAUAAGUGAGGCCAAAGGAAAGGUCAAGGUCAAGAAAGUUGAUGCAGUUGAAUAGCUCUCAUCAGUAUGUAUCAUCACAUGAAGUUUGAUAAAAAUAUCUUGAAUGGCAUCUU